AUGUCUGACAAGUGGUACGACUUACUGCAUACAACAAUGACAACCUCUCAUAUGAAUGGGCAUAUAACAGAAGAUUCUGACAGUGAAACAAAAAAUGUGGAUCUUGUACCGCUUGAGGAGCCUCAGAGGCACAGAGAGAUGGCUGUUGAUUGCCCUGGUGAUCUGGGAACCAGGAUGAUGCCACUGCGGAGGAGUGCUCAACUUGAGCGAAUUAGGCAACAACAAGAGGACCUAAGGCGAAGGCGGGAAGAAGAUGGAAAGAAACAGGAACUGGACCUUAAUUCUUCUAUGCGGUUGAAGAAGCUAGCUCAAAUUCCUCCCAAAACUGGAAUAGACAACCCUAUGUUUGACACAGGCGAAGGAGUUAUUCUAGAGAGCCCACAUUGUGCUGUGAAAAUCCUAGGUAUGUAUAACUUGGAAUGAAACUUUUUAAUGAAACUCCUGCUGGUGCCAAAUGCUGCAGCUACACAGUUGAUGGGGAUAGACUAUCAGCAGCACCUAACUCUGGUGCUCAGAAAUUUUUCACUGGCUGCCCAUAUGCUACCAAGCCAGGUUCAAGGUGCUUGUAUUAAUUGACAAGGCCCUUAACAAUUUGUGUCCAGGAUACCUCAAGGAUCUCCUAAUCACUUAUAUCCUUAAAUUGAACACAGGUCUUCAGGGAAGCCACUGUUAGUGGUUCCCCAAGGAUCAUAUACACAGCCCAUAACCACCAGGAGCCGUGUGUUUAGAACUGUGGGCCCAAUUUUGUGGAACUUCCUUCUGGUUGAUGUCAGACAGGCCCCCUCCCUACUGAACUUGCAGCAUCUAAUGAAGACUUUUUCCCCCCAGCAGGAAUUUAAUUUGAAGUUUGAUGUUAAUGGUUUUAAUUGAUUUUUACUUUUUGUAUGGUAUCAUUGUAAACUACUUAGAGACAAUUGUUGUAUAGCAGUAUAAAUUGUUUAAAUAAAUAAAAAUUAGGAACCAUGUGCUCUGCAGGAUAACAUUUGGAGAGCGCUUUAAAAUGCUGCUUUUAUAUUUGUUUUAAGUUCAGAAAGCAUUUCAGAAACUUACUAGGCAAAGCACAUGCCAUGCAUGAAUAUGAGAUGCAUACUAAUGAGAGUGAACAACAGAGAGGCUCUAAGCAAAAUGUUUGUAUUGCAAAUAAAUUAAUCCAAAUUUAACAUACUGAGAUGUUAAGAAGAAAUACAUGGUAAGCCAAACAGUCAUGCCUGGGGAGACACCAGGCAAAGGGCAACAAUAAUAUUUGCUAUGCCUGCCAGGACUGGAAGUUAACAGUUAAAAAUUAGUGUCGCUAUACAUGAACAAGCAACAAAGCUACUGCCUGGGCACAUAACAACAACAAUCCUAUUAUAGCUUAGCCAAAGUAUGUAUAACUGAAAUAAUCACACAUUUACCCUCUGUUUAUUCCACCUCCAUUUUUCCCAUUCCUGGAGCCCUUAGUGUGAGGACUAGUCAAGAAACAUGUACACAGAUAGUGCUGUAUAAAUUAAUAAUUAAAUGAUAGUGCAGAAUUUAUGAAAGCAAAUAUCUAUUCCCCUAGGUUUGGACUAUAUUCCUAUAUACAUUCCUACUGAUGGGCAUAUUAUUUGAGUAAAAUGAUGACCUAAUAUAAUUGUUGGGGUAAAUUAAGUGUAAAGCAGUAAGAUAUAUAAAGGUGGUUAAAGGUAAUUUUCUAGCUGCUAUAAUGUUAGACUGAAAGUUUUAUUUAUAUUAUGGGAGUUGAUAAAUCACACCAAACUGCGUUGUGCAAAUUCUUGUCUAGUUCAUUUUCUGUCUUUUCAAUACCUAAGUCUCUAGUUGCAGUGACCUCUGGAGGCAAAGCAGUGGCUAUAACGAUAGCAUGUCAAGUCAGACAUCAUGCCACACAAGUUAUGAUUUGCAAUCCACCUCAAACCAUAAUCAUAUAUACACUAAUAAGAAUUGGCAUUCAAAAGAACCAGGUUUGUUAUGUAGCUAAAAUAGCACCAUCCAAACACAAGAGGAGAUAGAAGCAGGGUUGAUAGAUUCCCACAUAUGACAGAAAUCUGGUAACACUUUACAACAAAACCUUAAAGGAGGAACCCACACAAUGCUGACUGGUUUGCAGGAUGGGCACAGAAAAGGGGGUAAAUGAAGUGGAUUAAGGCUUGAACAGGAGCAUUCUACACUGAAACAUUUUCUUGUAGUCCGUACCCGUAACUUCUGAUUUGUGGUUUGCUAGCCAGUUGCUAACCAUCCUUUGUCAGUUCAGACAUCACAUGAAACCAUGAUUAAGUGUCAGUAAAUAUGGCUGGAUAGAUUAUCUGAACUGUUUUGUAGUAAGGAACUUGGGUAAAAUUGCCACUGGACUUAAAAGAAAAUGUUUCUGGAACAAUACAUGGUUUUUAAUUAAAGUAGCUGCAUCCAUCAUAGGUAAUCACAACAAUAUAGAUAUGCACUUUUACUUUCUAUCUGCAACAAAUAAUUUGUUAGCUAAAAUAUAAUAGUGUUUCAGUUUUUCAGUUUAGUUACUGUUACUUUCAUCAAUUUUAUAAAUUGUUGACCUGUGUUGCCUUUAAAGGCAUUGGUUGUAUUUUAACUUUAUAAAUAUGACUUAGAGCAGGGGUCAGCAAACUUUUUCAGCAGGGGGCUGGUCCACUGUCCCUCAUACCUUGUGGAGGGACUAUAUUGGGGGGGGGGGAAUGAUGCAAGAGCACCAUGAGCCCCGGUGACUGCUUACCUGUGUAUUGCGAGCGGCAGAGGCUGGCGGCGGCGGGGCGAUGUGCAGCGCACGAAAGGGCUCUAGAGAGGGGCUGCUUAAAAUGGUGGCCGCUUGAGUGCUGCUGCUGCUGGCACCAACAAAGCCCAGCCCCCUUCCUCCUCUAGGCAGGGCAGGGAGAAGCCAGGAGGAGGGAGGGAGAAGCUGCCACUGCCGUGUGAGGGAGAGGGAAAGAACACAUGCUGGCGAUCCACGCAGCUAUUCCCGGACUGUCCGUGAGCCAACUCCAGAAGGCAAUUGGGCCUGAUCCGGCCCACGGGCCUUAGUUUGCCUACCCAUGACUUAGAGCAAGCAGUCUGAUCCUGUUGCUGUGGUGAUGAGGAGAGAUUUAAUUUGAGAAAAUGCUACAGUUGUGAAUUGAUUUUUGCAGACCAGUAACCAGUCUUAGAUACAGUAUAUGAAGGAGGUCCAGUAUUCAUACACUUAAUUCUUUAUUUCAUUAAAAGAUUCUGCUUUCUGUAGCCAAAGUCCUAACCAAUGCCCAGGCAUUGUUCCCCCAAGCUUCAUUUUUCAUAGCAUUCCUCAUGGAAAUGCUGCAGAAUUGUUAUGUGUAUUUGACUGCAUUCUGCCUUAUAGUUUUUACUCAUGAGAGUGUUCUGCUAAAUUCCUGGCAGUUACAGUGUCAUGCAGGGAGGAUUAAUAUAUGUGAAAGCCCAUCACAGCAGGUGUGGAAUGGCUUAAUCUCUGCUGAGAGAGAACCCAUCCAAGGAUGGCUUUCACUAUUUGGAAAAGCUCUGCCAGAUGGGACUUCAUGGAGACAUUGGCAACUGUCACCAAAAUACAGCCUGAGUAGCAUUCACAGUCUAGGCAUUGGUUAGGACCUACUAGUUGGCAAAGCUCUUGUUCCAUGUGUAGUCCUUCUUGAUACCAUUUACAUGUUGGUUCUGUAGGGUGGCAAGCCACCGAGGCUGGCUUGAGCAUGCUUACGGAUUAGUCCCAUCAGUUCAUUCUGAUGGGUUUGUGGGGAGAAAGUCCCAAAGGUCUAGAAUUCUUUGACAUUAACUUGCUAAAGCAACCUUUAGAAUAGGGAUUUCCUUCAGCAGGGGUGGAAAGGGUUAAACCACAUCUGCAGGGAUUAUGGUUUUUCACCUGCUUUAAUAUUUUUUGACUCUGUCUUUCUUCAGUCUCCAGUAAAAUAAGACUGACAUUUUAUGCAUUAGUGCAUAAAUACUAGAAUAAAUACUUGCUACUUUGAGGAACUUGUAGGGGAAAUACCCACAUUUAUGUGAAAUUUUGCAGAUAACAUGUGAGGUCUCAAGUCUUCAGCCUUCAAAGUAGUUGUGCUUACAAGUAGCUGAAUAUUGACAUCUUUAAAUUUCAAAGGGUAGAAGAAAAUAAGCACUAAGAACUGCACUGUGUAUUUAUAACAUGGAUUUUUCUGUAAGCGUGGCAUAUUUUCUGCUUUCUAGAUUCAACAUUUGACACUUUUGCUGAACUUCAAAACAAAAUUCUAGCUUGCUCUGAAAGCUGUCAAGCUUGGUUUAAAUGUGUGGCUGUGCAAAGAAUUCUAUAUCUUUUAUUUUAUUUUAUUUUAUUUUAUAUAAUAUUUUAUUAUAUUUUAUUUGGAAAGGAGCAGCAUAUAACUGCUAUUGUACCCCAGGAAUGUGGCAGUUUGCUAACAUUGUUCCUUCCCUCACUGGUUUGUCAUAUGAGUACUUUUCCUCAAAAAUCAUAAAUGAAUAAAUCAAACACUUCACCCGUUGAUAUACCAUACUUUUCCAUCUAUAAGACUCCCCCAUGUAUAAGACAACCCCCCUAUUUUGGGGGACUCAGUUUUAAGAAAAUGAGGGGAGAUGGCACAAAGUUGUUGAGCUUUUCCCCCCAUGCAGCUGCGGGCAGGAAACACUCCCUAGAUCGUUUCCCUCACGCUGUGGCAUUGGGGGAAGUUGCGCUCCCGCCAGCCAGCCGAUUGGCUGGAGCGCAACUUCCCCUGAUGCUGCUGCAUGCGGGAAAUGAUCUAGGGAGUGUUUCCUGCUUGCUGCGGCAUCGGGGGAAGCCAGCCAGCCAGUUGGCUGGAGCGCAACUUCCCCUGAUGCUGCUACACACGGGAAAUGAUCUAGGGAGUGUUUCCCGCAUGCAGUGGCAUCGCGGGAAGUUGCGCUCCAGCCAACUGGCGGGUUGGUGUGCCGCUCCUCCCCCCCAUGCCACUAUCUGUGUAUUGGAUGACACCAGUUUUUUGACACGAUUUUUGAGUCAAAAAACCUUGUCUAAUACACGGAAAAAUAUGGUAUUACUGUUCUGUAUGUUAAGCAUAAGCGAUUCUGCAUUUUUAAUAACACACAAACAAAUAACUGUUGUUUCUGUUUGCGUUUGUAUUUUUCUUCAGGAUGCAAGUUGGCUAUAGUUUGAAUUUUGUUUUUCAAGGAAGAAAGCCCCCAAAACCCUGCAGCUAUUCCCUCCUCUUCCUCAUUUCUUUUUUUACUUUAAAUAUAGCUGCUUUUAGAUUUUGUCAUAUUUAAAUCAUGCAUGCAUUGCCUUGGGUUGUAAAGUUCCAAAAGAAAAUAGUCCUUUCACCUGUUAAUUACUAGUGAUGUUCCCAAAUAAGAAUUUGCUUCAGAGAGCAGGGCAUAUAUUAUUGCCUGUCCUAUUCUUCAGAGAUGCCUAGUUCAACAUUUAUUUAAUAUGACCCAGCACAAUUUCCUCUCCCUCCUUCAAAUCUGCUUUCCAGUCAUGCUGAAAAAGAAUCCUCCCCUUAGUUGCACUUCUGUUUAUUCUCUGGUAUUAAUUUGAGCGAUAUGCACUUUGGAUGUCUACCCUGUUGCUGCUGAAAUCAGAAAAUAUAGAGUAUCGCAUAAGGUAAUAGUAACAGUUCCAAAGUAUUGAGAAGAAAUCUUGCUUUAUUGUGAGCAAACUAUGUUCUCUUCAAGUUUGGGAGAGGAAGGGUGGACAGCUUUUUCCUUCUGCCAGCAUAUCUUUGUACUUCUUGAGAUGCUACUCUGCUUCAGACCUUUGUCCACUGUCAGCAUGAGAGAAGAGCUAAAAAGCUCCUGUACAUACACAGAAUACCAUUUGUAGUACUUUUUGUGCCAGUCUGUUUUCUUUUAAUUGUGAAAAUCUGUGGGGAGUAAAUCUUAAUGUAUGACUCAUCGCUUUAGCUAGAAAAUGGGAGUUAUUGUGAUUUAUCUAUAUUGUUAAGACCAACAUACCAAAUCUAGAAUUAAACUUGUAAUGCCUAUGUUGCUGUUUGUGAAACCGAGAUAGAAUAGGGUUGUCUUUACUGUAUGAGAACAAUGGGAUAUUUUUGCUCUUUUACCUUUUCAACAUUCACUCUUAUUGCAGUCCUUCUUUAGCCUCUUAAGGUGUUCUUUUGUGAGAAGAGGUGGUGCUUGAGGGAAAUUCUCCCCCCUGCCCAACACGUUCUGUGUGUUUGGGGAGGGGGCAGCCUUCAUGCUCUGUUCUGGGUUCUUUGAGCUGCCAGAGUUCAUACCUGGAAGAGAGAGAAUACAGGGGCAGAAGAAGUGCUAUAAGAGUCUUGUUCUUGUUGGGAGGAGGAGGUUAUGCAGAAGAGGCAAAAUGCUAAGCGGGCUAAUGUACCCAUCACAUGUGUAUUAAUAAUUUCUGAGGGUGGGGCGGAGAGAGAGAAAUGUUUCUGCAGAGUUAAAAUUACACUGCAGUUAUGGGUACAAAUUGCCUAUCAAUUCAUAUUAACAUAUUAAACUGGCUUGCGUGUCACAUUAAACCAUAAGUUAGCUCAAAAGACUCUGCUUCACUCCUCCCCUGCUCCUUUCUUUAGUGUGCUAGGAAACAAACAAACCAGAGGCUUCUCUUUCCACAAUAUGUGAACCUGUGCUCAUGGUUUCUUUUUCUCCCAACAAACUACAAUGGUAAAUUCAUUGACUUUAAAUCAGAGUUUAUCCUAUGGUUUAAAGUGACAUAUGAACCAGGUCAUUCACUUCCAAUAGAGUAUGUCUUUUGGCGACUUUUUAUGUUGACAUUCAUUAAAUGUUUCUGAUAAAAUAUGCAUGCCACCUGUGUCUAGAUACUACUUACUUUGAAACCCUUCUAACGAAUGAUAGCAAAUCUUUACUACUUUUCAAAGUACAAAAUGAGAUAAAAAUCAUUUAUGUUCCAAUGAGAGUUCACAACUCAAGAAUUCAUAUUCUGUUCUCUUUUCCUUUCAUAUUUCAGGCUGUGUGUGUGUGUAUUGUGGAAUGAUAGAGCUAUCUCUGCCUUAUCCUCUACUCCACCUCCCCCACAAUUAAACUAUUUGGCUUUAAGCCGUAAGAAAGUUGUGACUUUUAUAUCCACAGAACUGACAACAGUGCAUAAUUUAUCUUCCUUUGUGUAAUCAUCUGAGUAUAUAGCACAGUGGUGUUAUGAACCCUUCCUGUUCAGGAAAAACAGUCUCAUGAGUGUGAGCAGUUCUGAAUUAAGUUGUGUGGGACACCCAGAAGAAGUGGCAUGAAGUUCCAGGGAGGAAUAGGAUCCUAAAGCAACUGCUGCUGCUACCUAACAAGACUUACAUAGAUCAUGGACUCUGAGUGAUCUACAUUGGAUUAAUGUGGGUAACUGCCCUUGAAAUGCCCUGACGUCCAAUAUGACUUGAGAAGGGAGUUCAGAAAGAGUUGCUUCUUUGUAUGUGGCUUUUCUUCUUAAUGCUAGUGUUGGAUUUGCUACACAAGCACACAAUAGCAGACUGCGUACACAGAGCUGCAUGCAAGGCUAUCCUCCCAUCCUUCUGUGCAAGUUUAUUAGGGUCAAGUUUUGCCACCUGAGAAGGCAGUAUAGGUUUAGAAGGAUGCAAGUUCAGAAACUCUGACACUCAUAAUGGUGACGAUGACCUUAUUUGCACAUCAAAUAAAAUCCUGUUAAUGUGAACUCCCAUUGCUCUGUCCCAGCUUCUGCCAACCUAGCAGUUCAAAAGCAUACCAGUGCAGGCAGAUAAAGAGGUACCGCUGUGGCAGGCAGGUAAACGGUGUUUCUGUGCACUCUGGCGCUUGUCGUGGUCCUCUGUGCACCAUUAGCGGUUUAGUCAUGCCGGCCACAUGACCUGGAAAGCUGUCUGUGGACAAACGCCAGCUCCCUUGGCCUGAAGUGAGAUGGACACCGCACCCCAUAGUGACCUUUGACUGGACUUAACCAUCCAGGGGUCCUUUACCUUUGCCUUUACCUUGCACAUCACAGCAAACCACAGUGAGUUGUUUACCAUGAACACACUGAACUCUCCUGUUUUGCUCUUCCCUGGUAUUACAUGAGAGAAAUAAAUCACAAUUCCUGACUGAGCAUUGUAUCUGAAAUAGGGUUUUGUUUGCACUCCAAACAAGCCACAAUGUGAAGCCAAAGUUUCACUGUGGUUUAGUGCAGAGGUGAGGAACCUCUAGCCCAUGGGUCAUUAUUGGCCCCCAGGGGGUCCAGUUUGGCCAGUGAGGCUAUUUUUCCAAAAUCAUGUCCACCUGUUGAUCUGCUGAUAUCAUGCAUGUCAUCUGAUGCCCAGGAGGGCAGGGUUCAAUUUUGCCUUUGCUGUGCACCUGUUUCCAGACAAAGCAGCAAAAUUUAAUCCCCUGCACAUCAACCGAUGGCUGAGGGUUAAAUCUUCCUCAGUUGGGAUCUCUAGCAUUUCCCCUGCUGUAUAGCAAAGCAUGCAGCCACGGGUUUUUUGCAAGUUGUCUGAUUAUUCUAAGCCUUUUCAUUAGGAGCCAACUCAAGUGUGAUGUGGAAUUGCAGUAAUUAAGUACAUUUACAUUUAAAACACAUCUGAACUUUACUGUGAUGUAUGAACAGGGCCAUUGUGUAAUCAACCAUUGAUCUUACCAUAUUAAUGUUGGAAUUUAUUGGACACUAAUUAUGACUUGAAGCAAUAUGCUAAAAAGCAUAGAAAAGAUACAUUGUUGAAUAAUAAUUUUAUACCACUGUUAACUUAGGUUUAUCAAGCCCAAUAUUUAUAAUCGCAAAAAUAAUUUGAAAAGGGCAGUUUUAAUUUUUUUCCUGCAAAACCUUGCUCUUCUAUUUGUGCCUUUCAUCUUAUAUCAUAACCAGUUCUUCAGAAUGAGGCUUUUCUUUUUUUGUUUCAUUUACCUUAUAUAUUCAGGCUAAGUAAUGUAUCUCAAUUUUCUUUUUAGAAGUUGAGGAGCUUCUAUCAUCUCUGAAACAUGUUCAGCACACCCUGGUAGAUCCCCAAAGCCAAGAGGAAAUAGCUCUAAUUUUACAGCUGGUUCAAAACACCGACUUUCAAAAUGCAUUUAAAAUUCAUAAUGCGGUUACCGUGCAUAUGAACAAAACCAGUCCACCAUACCCACUUAUCUCCAAUGCGCAAGAGCUUGCACAAGAGGUAUGUAUAGUGUAUAUUCCCAUCCAAUAAUGAAACUAGUAGUAACUUAUUUCAAAUUGCCAGUCAUAGCUAUGUCAUUAAAAUGGGGAGGGGAACCAGCAUAUAGCCUGUAUUACUAUCUGUUUUCUUUGUCCAGAAGAAAAUAACUUCAGACUCUGAGAAGGUAGAAGUUUUAUCAGUAGAAAUGUAAGGUGGCACACAACAGUGUUCAGUAUCCUAAUUGAUUUAAAAGAUAUCUCUGUUCUUCUGCAAGCUUCCUCGUUUAGGCUUCGUACUUCGGAUACAAUUCAAUACCCAGGACCCAAAGGAUCAUCUGACUAGUUAUGCAUGCCGAAGUGGACACUGAGCUUAUUACUGUUGUGUCUUAAACAGCAGUCUACCAUAUCUCAUUUCAAAUAACCUAAGGAGUCUCCCAAAAGCACAUUUUGGUAUGGAGUAGUAGUCUGGUCAGAGAAAUAGUUUAAAGUUUCACUGUAAACCCCCAAACCCUUGUAUGUUCUUAAAGUAGCUCAUAAGAUCCUGGCCAAAAACUAAAUAACAUCAGCAUGGUAUGCUAUUCAGCAUUGAAUUGCUUUUACUAAAUUAAUAGCCUCUAAAAAAGAAAGUGUAUUGCAGAUAAAGCAGCUUACUAUAACAAACCAGUGUUUUGAUUAUCACCUAAAUAGGUGCUUGAAGCAAGCCUUUACCUUUUCUGCUUCUACCACUUCUGGCAAUUUGUUCUAUUUUUCUAACACAUUUAAAUUACUAAACGAAGCAAAAGUUAACAUGGACUUGGCAGUAAAUGUCCACUUUUCUUGUUACUACCAGGCUGAUAGUAGCAGACACUGCACGUGUAAUUUUUACAAAUGUGAAGCAAUUGCAUGCAGGCACAGAUCUGAGUUCAUUCAGUACCUCAACAAAUCAGCUAGUGAGUCUUGUUAACUUAAAUUCUGUAGAAUGAAUUGGAUUUUGUUUCUGCUAAUGUUCAGAAGACUGACAACUACUGCUACUUUGGACUAGCCAGUUAUAUAAAGUACUUUAACAGCCUUUAUGUUUAUUUUGCCACUUUGAAUGUUUACAUUGCUUCUUGCCAUCUGGAAUUCCUGGGAUGUUUGAGAUGUGGAUGGCUUUAUUAAUACUAUUUUUUAAAAUAGUAACAAUAUUUAGAAUAUAUAAUAGAUGUAAAGUAUUCAAAGCAUUUCAGGCUAAAAUAUAUUUUGCUUGUUGAGAUUCUGUUUUUUCAUACACACAUACUGUGCAUUCUGUUAUAUUUUAAUAGCUUACAAUAUUGAGCAAACAUUUAUUAGGAUGCCUUGUCUUAUAACAAAAAGAAAACAAAUAUUAGUUUUUAUCUAUCUAAUGAAAAUAUGGCUGCAAUUUUAAGAACAGUCUAUUUUGAACAGCUACUUUCAAAGGUAUAGGGAAGCCUGGGUCAAUAACAAUAAAGUUUUUUCAUGUUCAAUAAUACAAGAAAAUAGGAUCAGCUUCUUGAUUUGAGGUCUAGGUAUCAGAAGAGCCUGCUUUUUUUCGUUUUCCUUUUAAAAAGGGCCAUAAGAAAGUAUUUUCAAUAGCUUGGAUAAGUGCAUGGAUGCUGUGCACAUGCCCUACUGGGAGGCAUUCCUUGUACUUUCUGACUAAUAUUCAAAAUAGAGUAUGUUGUUUGCUUUAUUGCUUAAAUGUGAGUACUGUGUAGGAUAAUUCUCAAUCCGACUAUUUCCUCACUGUUGUUACGGACAAAAGGUAGUUUUAAUAACAAGGCAAGGAAAAUAUGAUUUAUCUAUUUUUCUGAAACUUUAAUUUAAUUAGGAGGCUGAGCAAAGCAUGCAGGCUUAAGGAAUUUAUGUGGAGAUUAACUCCCUAAAAUAAUGUGGUGCACUCUGUCUCUGUUAUAAAAAUAGCUGUUGAACAUCAAAUUUAAUUACAUUGAUUUUCAAGCCAGUUAAAUGCGGCAAAAUUGAGGGCUAGGAUUAGGGGGAAAUAGUCUGAGUGUUGAGCCUCAAAGAUCAGCUGAUGCAAGAUUCAAGAAAGUAGUUUCUGGCAUGGAAUGCUCUGUAGCACAUUGGCAAGAUAUUACAAUUCUAGACCCCAUAGCAUAAUAAUAGAGUGGACCUUCUAAGUGACAGUUUGUUUAGCAUUUCUAAGGAAGAAAUGUUUGUUUGUUUAUAAAAGCACUUCUAUGCUGCUUUUCACAUGACGUACCAAAGCGGUGUACAGCAUGUUUAAAACAACAUUGCAUUAAAACAAAUAAAAAUAUGUAGAAAAGUAGUCAUAUAAUAAAUGCAGGAAAUGGAGAGUAAACAAUCCAGCACUCAACAAUCUACAAAUACCUGGGUGAACAAAAAAGUUGUUAAUUGCUCGCAGAAACACAUUACUGAGGGGAAACUAUUUCACAAGACGGGUACCGCUGUAGUGAGAGCCCUUUGCUGGUUGUUGCUAGAUAGAUCAGAGCAGGCCAUGGAAGGGACUCUCUGAAGAUCUUAGUUGACUGGUUCCCAGAUUCUUUAGGCUCUUAUGUAAAUAACAGAACUUUAAACUUGGCUUGGGAGCAAAUUGACCAUCAGUGCAGUUCAUUCAGGAGAGGUGUUACAUGCAUGCAGUAGGAUGUGCUAGUAAGCAACCUACCCAUGGUAUUCUACACUAGUUGCAGCUUCCAAACCAAGUCUCAGGGCAGCCCCACAUGGACAGCUUGUUACAGCAGUCUAAUCUUGAGUUUACCAGCAUGACUGUGACUAAACUGUAAUCAUCCAGAAGGAAUUGUAGUUGGCAUACCAGCCAGAGCUAGUAAAAGAUGCUCUUUGCCACUGCAUUUACAUGGACCUCCAGUAACAAUGAUGGUUCUCAGAGAAACCCCAAACUGCAUACUUGUUCUUUCAGGGAAAGUGCAACCCCGCCCAGAAUAAAAAAUACACCUGAUCCCUGGAUCUCUGAACCACGCACUCACAUGGCCUCUGUGUUGUACAUCCUAACUGCCCAAAUGACUCAGCCUGUUUUAAGCAAGACUCCUUACAGAUCUGAAUGUCAGUCUGUAAUGCAAUUAACUUUUCCAGGGUAUGGGAGUUAAUAUUGUAGUGCCAAACGUCCCCCAAUAUUCACACACAUUUUUUUGCUGUUCCACCUCGGUUUCUGGUCCCCCCCCUUUUUUUUUUACUGUUAACAAGGUAUUGAUGGUGGAUCAAAGCUAGUGCCACAAGGAAACAUCAUUCACUUUGAAGUACAGAAAUGAGUGUGAUCUGUAUAUUCUGCAGACAUCCUUUCUCUUUGAAAUUAUUUUGCCUGUCUCAUAGCCUCAAUCGUGAAUAUUUUUUCAAUGAAAAUGUUAUGAAUACCGAGGAUCUGAUUCAACAACUAGUCCCACUAACAGAAGCCCACUCAAGGACUUCUGCCAGCACAACAGGGCCUUUCCCCUCUCUUCCCCAUGUGUGCAAGCAGAAAUGAUGGAGUAAUCUCCUAAGUGCUAUGUUGAAUCCCUCUCAUGCAUUCUAUCUCAUGCAUCUCUGUCAAAAUAGAAAUUUGUGUAGCCAUUCCAUUAUUAUUAUUAUUAUUAUUAUUAUUAUUAUUAUCUGAUAUAAAGUGUUAUAUAGAAAAAUCAGCAUCAGCUCAUAGAAAAACAAACUGGUAGCUUUGGGUGGAGUCUCAUAUUUGUAGAAUUAGAUGUAUCCAUGGGUAGAAAGAUAUUUAGUGAAGAUUUUGCAAGAGGGGAUGUUCAGCUCUGCCCUGUCAGCCCUGCCCUCUCACCAGUAUUCACUCUGCAAGCCUAUUUCCAGUCUGGCCUAGCUAGAGGGAAAAUAAUUGUGGUUGGAAGAAAGGGUUAAACUUAAGAGCAAGAGAGAGUGAGAGUGUUUAACCCUUUCUUCCAACCUGUGUGUAUCUUCUUUAGUCUAUGAAAAUGGUCUGGGAACCAGUGUUUGUUUAUGUAACAUGAAGUUCUGCCCUUUUUAAUUCUGGAAAUGUAUUCUUACAGGGUGUAAGAAUGUAUUCUUAUUUCGGGUGUUUGUGUGUGUUAUGGGGUAGGUAUGGGGUAGGAUAGUAGACAUCAUCAUAUUUUUGGUGUUCACCUGUGUUUCAGGUACAGAGUGUUUUGAAGCCAAGCCAUCAGAAAGAUGGAUUGGAACUUAAUUCUUUAUUGAAUGCUCCUCAUAUUCAGGUAGGAAUAAACUGUUUAUUUGCAAAUGAAAAAAAAUUUCAAUUGUUUUCUUAAUGUCUACGUAUUGUAAAUUUCAGACUUUUUUUCCCUGCCUAAUAUAGUAAAGUUCCAUGGUCAUGAUUCAAAGAAAUAAUAGUUGCAUACUGUAAAAACACACCUGAACAUUAGCUUUCCUUUUUGACUAAAAACUUCAAAAUUCCAGCUACUGUACAUAAGUUCUCUGCUAUGUGUGUUUCCUGCUAUUUUGAAGUUUUGCCAGUAAGUUACAGGUAUGAGUCAAAUAUCUCAUGAGGAAUGUGCAGCUGCCUCAUGUGCUACACCUUCACAGGACAACUGAAAUUAAAAAAUAAAACGAAAACAAAUGGGCAACGGCUAUUUUCUGUUGUAUUAAUGGUCACAGCCUGUAUUUAUGAAAGCACAAUCCUUUGUUCAUUCAACCAUAAUUCUUGGUUAUAGCUCUGUUAUGUAGCUACCCAUCCACGCUGAAAGCAAGAGAAAACAUGUAUGAUAUGACUGCCUUGGACUAUAGCCUGCACGUUGAAUCUUUAUCUGCUUGGAUUUUUUAAAGUGUCCCACUUAUAAAUUACCUCUAAUGUGUGAAUAUCACUUUCUAUAAAUGGCACUGUUUGUUUUACACUAGGCACUGCUGUUGGCUCAUGAUAAAGUUGCUGAGCAGGAAAUGCAACCAGAGCCAGUGACGGAUGAAAAGAUUUAUGAGAAUGUAGGUCUGUAUGGAGGAGAGACAGUUAAAAUAGUUCGCAUUGAAAAGGCUAGAGAUAUUCCAUUGGUGAGUAUACUGAGGCAAGAGAGCCAAUAAAAAGAUGAAUACCAUAGUACUUUCGUAUUACUCGGUCUGAUCUCUGUGGCACAUUCUCUCUUUAAAAAAAUGCUGACACACUCAGAUAUAAGAAAGGACAGGUGCAAGUACCUUUUCUUAGGGUGAUCCCAGAUUCUGCUUUUAAUGUGCAAUUGACAUGCCUUCUUCAUGAAAUUGUACAGUUGACCCACAUGGCACUGUGAUCUGUUUGUAAUCCUCCCAUAUUUUCCUAGUCUGCAUCCAUCUUUUUUCUUACCUUGGACGGUCUUAUGAGGAGCAUCACAAUAUUUUUGCAAAUGUGGAUGGGAAAAUGCGCAGUUGGUGAACAGUAAGAGGAGUUACCCUGAAGAGGAUGAAUGAGGUUUAGGGGUACCCUUCCUUUAUUUAUUUAUUGUUUGCCCUGCAUUCCUGAUUCAGAGCUGUUUUUUUCUCCUUUCCCUUGAUCUAAAACAGCUGGAACACUGGCUCUCAACUAAUUAAUUGCUUCCUGGAACUAAAUGUCCUUAGCCCCCACACUUCAAUUAGGUUUUUAAUGAGGGAAAAUUCAGCUGUGCUGUUGCUUUUAUAAAACGGUUACACAUAUUUUCAGGGGUUCCUUAGUGCUCCCCUUGAAAACAGCAGUUCUUAAUUGGAGUAAAAUCAGUAUCCUUACAUUGUGGGUUUUUAAAGUUUUUUUAUUGUGUUCAUGUGUGAGGAUAGCAAUGACAGUAUAUAGAAACAAAAAUCUCAAACUACAAAUGAAAUACAACAUAUAAUCUUGUAUGAUAUAAUAUCUCGCACAUAUAUGUAUAUAUCUUAUCUAAAUCUUACAUUAUGGUCCUCAGUGUAUUCUAAUCUAUUCAUAGUCGAUUAAGACAUCACUCCAGCCACACCCUUCUCACCACUUCUGGAAAUGUCUCCUAUUCUCCAUUGUUAUUGAAUAAAGUCUCAGCACACAGCUCUAAAAACCUGUGGCUGUGCUCUACAUAAAGGUACCAAAUCAGACUGGAUAACUGUUAAUAAAAAGAAUCACAGGAUCUGACUGCUCCUAGUAGCCUCUUGGGUGAAAUAAUGCCUACUCUAAAGACAACUCGCAGUUGCACCUCUUUUUUUAAAAAUGAGUACAGGUACAGGGUGGGAGGCUUUCCUCAGAAUCUUCUCUCUUCCUUAUAUUCUCCUAGAAAAAACAAUGGGAAGGUUUGCCCCCCACAAACAAAAAGGGAGGAAGCUGGGGAGAGAAGAGAACUGCCUCCCCCCUCCAUAUAGAGCAAUGUCCCAUGACAGUCACCAUCAUCUUCAGUUCUUUUUUGAAAAAUGAAAAGAUGUUGCUGCCAGCCUUCCCUUUUCCUGCCAUAUUGGAUUAGGAAUAAAGGAGUUCAAGUUUCUAGGCAGAUUUUUCCUUAACCUGCUUACCUCCCUUCACAAUGUACAAAGCAUUGCUUAGAGCUCACUCUUUAUAUGUGUAUCUGUAUGUACAUCCAUGGUGAAAUAGCACAACUAAGUGUUGUUGUUUUUUUAAAUGACUUAAUGCACUCAGGAGCAGCUUUGAACAGCAGUGGUAACAGGUCUAACUCUCCAGCUUUUGACACUUUUGACAAGGAGAGGACGCUGUAGCUGGCAAAGAGAUUGGGUUGUCAAAGGUUUAUUGAUGUACAUGCACAUACCACCCCAAGCCACAAAUCAUAUCUUCCUCAUGUACACUACUAAAAUGUUUGAGAAGCAACAGCUUCAAAAAUGUUGAGAGAAUGAGUGUGCGUCGCUAAUAAGAGGUGGGAAAAUGAGAGGGAGCAAUACUGCCCACAUAGCUAUUUCAUUCCUGCACUUUAAGGUGAGAUGGAUGCUUUAAGAAGCAGGAGACCUCUUGGAGAAUAGAUGAUCAAUUGCAGUUCCACUUGUAAUCUAUAGUGCAAGAGCAUUAAUUUGUAGCAUUCCUGAUUUUGUGGAAUGGAACAUGAAAUUGAUGGCUCAUGUUCUCAGGCUAUGCUGAAAAUUUAAUUAUAUCCUAUUGUUGGAAGACCUAGAUGGUGGUUUUCAUUUUUACUUGUUUGUAGAAUGACGUUUUUAUUGGAAAAUUGAACUUAAUUGCCUGUUCCUGUAUUCCAUAAUGUACCUCUCAAAUCUGACCAGUGACUGAAACUACAGUAUUUCGAAUUUAAGAUACAGAUUUGGUAGUGCUACUGUGUUUCUUCAUACACUAGUAUUUUCCUCACUGCUUUAUGCAUUUCAGAAUUUCCAUGUGGCAAUUUAUAACAAAGAUCAAUAAGCAAGCACGCCUAGGCUCCACCUUUUGGUAGUUCCACUAGGACCUGAUCAUGGCUCAACCCUCAUCACCAUCUAAACAAGGUUUCUGGUGUUGUGGAUCAGAAAGAAUAAUAAAAUGUCACUUCAUGGGGAUGAAAUGAUCCUUUCCUUGUCCCCCUCCAACGCUGUGGGUAACUGUCCUUGACUACGGCUAUAUAGCAACAAAAGGAAAGGGCAGGUUUUAACUCAUUGAGCCACAAAUAUUGAUGCUAAUGUAACACAUUCUGUAAUUAAAAAAGAUUGGUUACAACAUAAUACCCAAGGCAAAGUCCUUAGCACAGAUUUGAUUUAACAGCACCAUUACUACAUGAGGUGCUGCAGGUAAGGUUAAGACCCUCCCUGUCUUGUUCCUUUAAUGGCAAUCAUUAAAUGUUUUUAAUAGUGAUUGCAUAUGAUCAUUUCACAUUCUCUUCUUCAAAUGUCAAUGUGGCUAACAAAUCCAGAAUAACAGUAAUAAAUCUAUUAAAUGCCAUAUCAUCUAGAAGCACAACAAGAUAGCAAUAUAAGAGCAUCAUAAAAACAGUGUAAAUCAAUAAUUAAAAUUCAUUAAGAAGAGAAGCUUUCAAAAUCCCAACUAAAAAUGGGAAGAAUAUGUUUUGAUGAGCUGGAUACUGUGCCUCCCUGCAAAACAAGAAAAGCUUAUUCAGGCUCAUUUUGUUGUUUUUGUCUUCUCUUAGACUUUUCUCUGAUGUGCUAACUAUAGAAUUACAGUAUUCCUUAGAAUCUGUAGAGAACUUGUAUUUUCAGAAAUGUUAUUUAUUGUUGGUUAUAUUUCUGCUCUGCCCAGUGGCGUAGCGUGGGUUGUCAGCACCCGGGGCAAGGCAAGUAAUUUGCGCCCCCUAACCUUAACCCACAGAAGUUGCGCCCGGUGCGGCCGGCCCCCCCUGCACCCCCCACGCUACGCCACUGGCUCUGCCCAUCAUCAGGAAUUCAGGGUAGUAUUCAGCAUACAUUGUCUUAUGAAGUGAGUUUGACUAGAGUUAUAGACUGACCCAAGACUGAUCUGGGAUUUGAACCUGUGUCUUCCCAAUUCUACUUUAUCCACUGCACCACAAUUAUAGAAAAUUUCUGACACUUUUAAAUUAUCACUUUUAAUUAUGCAGGGCGCUACAGUACGCAAUGAAAUGGAUUCAGUCAUCAUUAGUCGAAUAGUGAAGGGAGGUGCUGCAGAGAAGAGUGGGCUGUUGCAUGAAGGUGAUGAAGUUCUGGAAAUUAACGGAAUUGAAAUUCGUGGAAAGGAUGUUAAUGAGGUUUUUGAUUUACUGGUAUGUUGAGCCUUGCUUUCAUGGUAUUCUGCUACUUACUAUGAUCCGACUUGUGCAUUUAAAUUUGUUAAAUUCCAGUUCAGACUUUGAUAUGUUUUGCCAGGAGCUAUGCUUAAAAUGUUUGACCCCUGCAUACCUUGCAGACAGCCUAUGUCUUGUUACAGUUUCUAAGGUCAGAGGAGGACAGCCUCCUGAAAUUGCCUUCAGCACAAAUGGGAGCAGCUUGCAGGGUUGUUAAUACUUGCUCAUCAGUUCUGAAAUGCUUCUUUACCGGAGGUGUAGCAGAGUGCAGUCCUAGGAGUGAGACUUCUUAUGUAAGCAGGGCUUUAUAAAAGUAUUUAGGAUUAUAUUACUUGAAUGCUAUGUAUAAUUGCAUGAGACUUUUAUGUCUAGAAUUUGGAUUGUUCUGCACCACCUGUUCCUGAAUAUGCCAGAACAUAUUAGGAAAUGUUCCAAGUUUGUAUUAGGACAUACUAGGAAAUGAUCAAAGUUCAACUCUUCUUUUAACCUGGCACUCCAGAAGGUUCCAUGUACUUUUUGUCCAGUCAGCUUUGAAUUGAUUAAUUCCCAUGGACUGGCUUCAGCUACAAAGCUGCAUCAUCCUGGCUUUGGGUGUCAUUUUCAUUUCCUUAGUAAAUUCCAAUUGUGCUGCCCUAGGAGCACCAUCUGACUUUAUUUUAGCAUUACCUAGCCUGGCACAUUACUUAUGGGUCUAGUGUCUGGGCUAGCCAUGGCUGUUGACAUUAAGAGGUGAGACUUGAGACAUAAAGCACAAGAAUUGCCUUCCUGGGUUAUACCAGAGUCCACUUAAUCAAGCAUUCUUUGUCUCAAUGGUGACCUGAAGCAUGUGAAGCCAUUUAUCUCCUUGUUUGGGGACUAGGCUGUUUUCUGAAAAGUGGAGGCAAUUUGUCACAUAAAUAUGCUAGACUAGAGCACUUCCAAAUAGAGGUAGGGAAACUAAGAUUAGAGUUCAGGGAGAAGAAAGACCUGUAAGAGCAGCAGCUUGAAAUUCCUCCCCUCCCCUUCACCCAACCCAUUGUUGCUCCCCAUGAGUGAGUGUCUAACUUCAAGGCUGUUUUUAAGUUGUCAGUUACUAAUGAAUGUGCUUUUCCUCACAGGCGGACAUGCACGGCACGCUGACAUUUGUCCUGAUUCCCAGUCAGCAGAGUAAGCCACCACCCACAAAAGAGACAGUGGUAUGUUCUUGUGGCAUAUUUCCAGUAUAUAACUUAACUUAAUUGCAGGUGUUCAGUCGGUUUUAUAUUCUCUUUUGGUUGCUAUUGAAGUCUCGUGCGUCUCCUUCACUGAAUAAUAGACUAUAUUUAAUUUAGCCAUGCUUUAAGAAGAGAUUUUGAAAAUGUUGGUGGAAGCAAUUGUAAGUUGUCCCAUAACAUAGGGUUGCCAUACGUCCAGACAGUGCUUCCAACUUCAGUUUUCCGGCUUGGUCUGGGAGAUUCCAGACGUAUGGCAACCCUACCAUAACAUCACUUUUUGACACUAUUGACACAGGCAAUCCAUUUGUUAUGUGAAGUAAGGAGAGUAAUAAAACUAUUCUUAUCUUUGGUAUUGCCAAGCAGUACCUUUUCCUGAGUAGGCAUUUUGAGGAGGAGGAAAAAAUGGGUUUGGGGAUACUUAUAAUCCUUUGAGUGACUGGGAAUAUUAGAGGGAUGUCUUUGGCAAGCAAGAUUUCCUGUUUAAGAGGCAGAAGAAAAGUAGAUAAGGAUUGGAUGAUGGAGCAAAAGGCUUUCUGGGUGAUUAGACGUGAGCUGUUAAACACAACAGAUGUUUCUAGCAUGUCAUGUGCUGCUAAUACAAGCAAUCUUCAUCUGAUUUUUAACUCUCCCUGUACUAUAUCCCAGAUCUUCCCUGCAGUCCCGAUUCCACAGGAGGCUUUGGGGAGGGCACAGUGGCAAGUAGAGAAGGGGAAGGAAGCCCUGUUGUGCAAAUGACCUUUUUCAUGCACAUUAUUUUUUAGUACAAUCCGUUACUUGUUUAUCCCAUUUCAGGUUCUACAUUACCAUCUGAUACAAACCAUCUUCAUUUUCAUCACAAAACUGCAUCAGCUUUAGGCAGGGAACCUUUCAGUUUAGAAAUGUCUUGAGUGUUUAUUUAUGUCUUAGUGAAGAAAUAAGGUUUUCAUACUAGAUUCUGAGAGCAGAAAUCACAUUUGUUGUAUUGAUUUUAUUCUUUAAGCACCAUAGAGAUUUGCUAUUAAGUGUCUUGUUUCUGUAGUGAUAGUUGUAUGUGCAAAAUGGUAGAUAUUGCCUUGAUCUGGGGUGUGCUUUCAGUUGAGAUUCAUUUGCCUGCGCCUACCCCACUUUUUCUGUGCCACCAGGAUAUUCCUCUUAUAGUUAUGCAUCAAAGUGCCCUUUCAUUGAGCUCAGAGUGACAUUUCCCACCCCACCCUAUGUAAGCAGAAUGACUUCUCAUUAAAAAAUGAAAGUGGUGGAGGCGGCUGGGGGGGAAGCAGGCACAAACAUCAAGUCAUCAAUGUUUUCAUAACGCAAGUGUCAAAUUUAUUUUAAAAUUGGUAUUGUUCGCUACAAAAAAGUUUGUUCUAGCUGUCUGCCAUCUCUGUGUUACUUGGUUGAUUGUGUUUGGAAAAAACACCUUGCUAAUAAUGAGUGAACAGAAGUAUCUGGAGCACGCUUUUCCUAGCCAUCUCCCACGUGCAUGUACAUGUGCCGCAGCUUUGUAAUGCUGCACUUUCCCUGACAAUUUGGAUGGAGAAACUGGUUGGAGCUUGCUUGGGACAAGUUGCUUGGGAUAGUUAAGCAGGAGAGCAGGCAGACCCAGCUUGAGUUCACACACAAUCCAUAAUGGCUGGGCAGAGGCAAACUUUCCUUUGGAGGUCAUCAGAGAAUAGAAAAUUAGUGCUCUCUUCGGUGUUUAUGAUUUAAAUUUGAGUCUGCCUUUUCAGGUCUAAGUUGUAGAGGUGAACCCCUCUUGCCAAUUCAAAGUUACUUACUGCCCAGUUAAUUGUUCCUAAUAUUUAAUUGCCUUCUAUACCAGUAGUUUAUAUUUUUAUUUAUGCUUGAGCUCUUCAUUCUGUAUUUGAAGUGAAAGUGAGAUCUCUUAUAUACAAAAGGAACAUAUUGUCAGAGAUUAAUACUUGCAAUUCCAGUCCAUAUUUAUGUUUAUACCUCUUUAUUUUCUAGAUCCAUGUGAAAGCUCACUUUGACUAUGAUCCAUCUGAUGACCCCUAUGUCCCAUGCAGAGAGCUAGGCUUAUCCUUUCAAAAGGGAGAUAUACUCCAUGUGAUCAGCCAAGAAGAUCCAAACUGGUGGCAGGCCUAUCGAGAUGGAGAUGAAGAAAAUCAGCCUUUGGCAGGCCUCAUUCCAGGUAUUUAAUCAUGGAGUAUUUGUGUAUAUUGAAUAUAUUUUUUACAAAGAAGUUUCAGAUACCAUUGUUGUUGAACUACUGGGAUGUUGCUUUGAAUUGUUGUUGCAUAGUCUCCUCCUUUGGUGAGCUGCUGAUAUGACCAGAUUCCCAACAGGAGGCCUAAUGUUGUAGAUGUCUUUUAACUUUGGCAUUUAAAAACAAAAACAAAAUGAAAAAACUGAUGCAGAGGUAUGAGGAGAAUUCUUAUUGUGGGAUUAUCUUCCUCAAAGCGCUUAUAGGGAUCAAAAUCUCAGUCCAUUUUGAAAUGUGAUCACUCUUGAAACAGUGGUGUACUCUGAAAUGGCAAUAAUUUCUCAUUACUAAUUGUUAAAUGUAUUUUAUCAUUAAGGGAAAAGUUUUCAGCAACAAAGAGAAGCUAUGAAGCAAACUAUAGAGGAAGACAAAGAACCAGAAAAAUCAGGUAGAUGAAAAUCUUCAUGAAAUACCUGUGAUAACUAAUAAUCUUAAAAGAAACUCAGUCCUUGAACUGUACCUCCUCUUUUUCAGUUCAAAUACUUCAGUGAUAGUGAGCAUUUAUCCACAACUUCCAUAACAUGUUUAAGGAGAGCUAAACCGACUAAGCAACUUUUGCUGAGAUACUGUCAUAUUUGGGUGAAACUUAAUGUACUCAGUGUAGACUCACUGAAAUCAGCAGACAAUUGAUCUACAUGGGUCUAUUCUGAGUGUGAUUUAGCCAUCUAUUGCACUUUGACUCAGGUAGAACCUAGAAGUGGUACCAUGUGUUUUGUCCUCCUUGAUUACAUAUAUGGAUGUAUUGUACUCAGGUGGGGGAGUGUUCAUUUUUAAAAAUUAAAAAGAGAAAUAACCAAGGGAAUGGACAGUUUUGCAUGUGUGGUCCCACUGACAGAAGACAGAAGUAGCAGUUCCUUAAUACUGAUAUACAGACCAAGUAGGGAGUACAAACCUCUAUGAACUUUCCUUCUACUUGUUCUUGCUAGUAUAGCCAGUUCUUUAAAAAAAUGAUAUCACAUUUCCAAUAUGACAACUAUCCACUGUUUUGAUAUUCCAAGUGCCUCCUUAAGACACUUCUUUCACCAUGGCUUAUUCACUUUACUUACUUUUUCUUCCUCUCUAACAUGUCACAGCUGUUCCUUGAGAUCAGGGUGGCCACAUGUUGCUGGUCCAACUCCCAUCAUCCCCAGCUAGCAUGGCCAAUGAUAAGGUAUGAUGGGAGUUGCAGACCAGCAGCAUCUGAAGUAACACAUGUUCUCCAUUCCUCCUUUAGAUCGUAAGUCUGUGUGAGCAGGGUCUGCCUUGUGUUUAAUUUGUGUACAACAGCUAUCAAUUUAACAUGCGUUAUAAAAUAAAUAAUUGCAGCUGGAAUCUUAGUUACAUAUAUGGACAACUUUGACUCUCUAUUUUUUAACUUCUAGGGAAACUUUGGUGUGCGAAGAAAAAUAAAAAGAAAAGGAAAAAGGUUCUGUAUAAUGCCAAUAAAAAUGACGGUAAGAAGGGAUUUCAGCUAUCUUCCAGUAUUUUUUCUGGUUAGUGCAACUGAUUUAUUUUUCAGCUUACGAUGUGUUAAAAUUAUUGCGCAUAAAUAUUCACCCAUAGUUAUUGCUAUAUUAUCUGGACAAUAUGUUUUCUAAUAUUUCUUUCGUGAUUAUAAUAGUGAAUUUUCUAUGGGUUUUUAUGUUUUAGAAGUAAACUGCUAGUCUGUGACUGUAAUAAACAUUGAUUUUAGAAGUGAUAAGCCUUGGACACUGAUCCUUUGGCAUUCAAUUAAUGUGAAGAAAUGAUAACAAAACUAUUACACAGCAAUAAAAGACGUAUUUUUUAAAGCUGUUCUGAGGUAUUCAAUUCAGUUUUACUUAGAGUAGACCCACUGAAAUUAAUGAACAUGGCAGUUAGGUGCAUUAAUUUCAGCAGACCUACUCUUGAGUAAAAUAUAGUUGACUAUCACCCCAUGUUUAUUUCUUCCUAAUCAAAAAAUGCCAUACUUAUUUUGGCCUUGUUUUCUCAAGAUUAUGACAACGAGGAGAUCUUGACUUAUGAGGAAAUGUCCCUUUAUCACCAACCAGCGAAUAGGAAACGACCCAUUGUCCUGAUCGGUCCACAAAACUGUGGCCAAAAUGAACUUCGGCAAAGGUUAAUGAAUCACGAAGCUGACAGAUUUGCUUCUGCAGUUCCUCGUAAGUUGAAAGGCUGGGGCAUGUAACUGUCUUGUGUUCUGAUGUCAAACCCUUGCUGCCUGGCCUUACAUCAUUUUUGCAAGUUCAGUUCAGUACCACACUAUAUACCUUAGUAUGGAGGGAAGUUGCUUUAGUAAAUUCUUCCCCAAUACAAAUGUAGGGAGUUAACCAUAAAAAAUGUCCUUUGACCCAGUGACGCAGAUAUGUAAUUUUUAAUGGUAUUAUAACUCUUCCCCCCCACAUCAUUGGAUGAUGAUGUGUAUUAAGUUAACUAAAAAUGUAGCAAGGCAGCCCUGUUCCAUUUUGGGCCCUUCUACUUAUUCUGCUGAGUGGAGCCCUGGACUUCUGCCACAAAGACCCUUUUCUGAUUGUACUACUACUUUGAUCCCAUUCAUAAGAACAAGGCAGUUUAUUGAAAUAACUUAGUUAAAUUCUCAUUUACAGGAAGGUGAUUUUGCUACCUUGCAUUCUCCUGUAUUUUCAGUUGCAUCUGACAUCCCCUGCUUCAUGUUUUUGUUCAAAGUACAUUUGCAUGACUGGACAUGUGUUAUGCACAGUUGGACAUGUGCCAGAGACUGCUGUAUUAUGGAACUAUUUUUUUAGCCCAGUUAAGAGUUUGCGAUUCUUUCUGGCUGAAAGACUCUAAAGGUCAACAUUGUUAAUUUUGCACUUAUACAUUCUGCUGAAAAGGGUUUCUUUCCAAGUAGCUGUUUUUCAUACCUUGCAAACUGACAUAACAAAAAUGCCUUCAAAACAGUUAAAAGACACAGAAGUCUUAAAUUAGAUUUGUUUACUGGUCUUUUCAGAUACAACACGAAAUAGGAGAGACAAUGAAGUGGCUGGCAGAGAUUACCAUUUUGUAUCACGGCAAGUAUUUGAGGCCGACAUAGCAGCAGGAAAGUUUAUUGAGCAUGGUGAAUUCGAGAAGAAUCUGUAUGGUACCAGCAUAGACUCUGUCCGGCAAGUGAUCAAUUCUGGAAAGAUAUGUCUUUUAAAUAUCCAUACACAGGUAAUAGAAGUUCUUUUGGACAUUGAAAUCCUAGGUUCUGUGUUGCAGUAGUUCAGUUAGAAUGUGUUGUUGAUGAAGGCCUUAUUUUAGUUGGUUUUGAUACAAAUGUGAAAUCUGUCUAUGUAUACACUAAAUUUUCUCCUAGAUCAGAUGUAUGCAACUUCCCUAAUAUGCUUCUAUACAGGCAAUAAAUUUGUACAUUAGUUGCCCACUCUACAUAUUCAGUGGUUAUAUGUACUGAGCAGUUUUCGUAAGACUAAUUUCUAAAUACAUCACUCUUCAGUUUUCUCUUUGGAGAACUCCCCAUUGUAACUUGCCCUACCCCAGUAGACAUGUGACAGGAAGAUAUGCAUCUUUAAACAUGCAGUGGACAAGCAGUAAUGUUGCUUUCAGUCUCCCAUUCACAUUUCGUGUUUACCAUAGCAAUCACCAGUGUAACUCAUGCACCAUACACAGUGAGAAGCAGCUAUAAUCAAAGGUUCUUCAUGCUUCAUCCACUUUCACUGUGGUCAUGUUAGACUUUCUUCAGAAUCCUCAUCUUGUUAGGUCAUUUAAAGGCAUCUGUAGACCACAUGUUGCUAAGUCUUGAAUUAUGCUAUCUGUGUUUUCAAGACUAAUAUGAAGAAAUAGCAAAUUACUCUAUAAAAAUACACUAAUACUGUAAAUAGCAGAAUUAUUGUAACCACACUUAGCAAGGGUAUAGAAUAUUAUAUUCUUCACCACGUAAAGAGCAACUCAUAGUAAGAAUGUGGACUGUCCAAAUUCAAAAAAAUUAGUCAUUAGAAUAUAAAACGUCAGUUCCUCACAGUUCCUGUACACAUAAUCAUUUUAGAAUUGCAUACAUGUUCGUUAUGUAGGUUUACAUCAUUUUUCUGUUGUCUUCUCCAUUUUGCUGCUGUCAGAAGAACUGUCAUCUGGAUAAGUGGCAUGGUCUACUAUUAGGAAAAUUGGACUCGGCUACUCUAUAUCAGUUGCAGUUUUCAGCUCUAGUUUCAAUGUAACUAUCUCUUUGCUAGCUUGUGUAGUUCAUGAAGUUUAAGUUCCUUUUUUUGGUUAUUUGUGCAGCCCCAACUGAACGAUUUUUGAGAUCACAUGUUGUAACUUGUUAAGCUAGUUUCUCCAGGAGCAAACUGGCUUUUCUAGGUAGAAGCCUUGCACAAUCAUUAGUGUAGAGAGUCACCAUUUAUGUAUAAUGUUGCAUGCAUAAAUUGUAUUGACAAUAGAUAAUUGGUAUGAAUUACAGUUUUGCUUUGUUUUAUGAAAAUAUUAAUAGUACAGAUUUAUAUUUCCCAACAGUCACUGAAGAGCCUUCGCAAUUCAGACUUGAAGCCAUAUAUUAUCUUCAUUGCACCACCUUCACAAGAGCGGCUUCGUGCAUUACUGGCCAAAGAGGGCAAAAAUCCAAAGGUAAUAUUCACAUGUAGUGUUUAUAACAGUGCAUUCGGCCCUUGGUGCUCCGAUACACAUUUUCUUCAAAUAUGCUAACUGUGUAGCACGCAGCAGUCACAAAAUUCAGUAUGAGAAGACACAGGCAGGAUUGCAGACCUAACUUUAUGCCACAGAAUUCAAUGUUGGUGGGUUCUGCUGCUCCUGUUCAGGGUUAUGACAUCCUCCUACAGCUUGUGUCCAAAUACACAUCAGUAAUAUGUGAUGAGGCUUACUGAAUUGGGACACUUUUAAGUAAAUAUACAUAUGAGGGGUGAGGAAGCUGACACCACGUCACCCUUUCAAGCAAGAAAGCUGCCACAUUCCUCUUGAGAGUCCCCAAAACCUCUAGCAUGUUGAGCAUGGAUGGAGAAAGUAGAGGUCUUGUUGCAUGAGCUGAAAUUUUUCCACUCACAUGUGUGCAUUGGUUACAAAUUCUACUGACAAAAUUCUACUUUACUUGGUAUUCCCUUUAUUAUAGACAGAAUGUGUGGCAGAUGUUGAGUUCCUGCUGAAUUUUUUCUUUUUGGAUUCUCUGUUUUGAUGUGUUCCUCCUAGUUUCUGCCACCAGGUGGUGCUGGCCAGCUGUUUUUGAUAGUGUUUUCAGUUUGUCAAUGUAUUACAGUGGUAGCUUGGUUUAAGAACAGCUUAGUUCAGGGGUCAGCAAACUUUUUCAGCAGGGGGCCAGUCCACUGUCCCUCAGACCUUGUGGGGGGCUGGACUAUAUUUUUUGGGGGGAGGGAAAUGAACGAAUUCCUAUGCCCCACAAAUAACCCAGAGAUACAUUUUAAAUAAAAGGAUACAUUCUAUUCAUGUAAAAACACGCUGAUUCCUAGACCGUCUGCAGGCCAAAUUUAGAAGGCGAUUGGGCUGGAUCCAGCCCCCGGGCCUUAGUUUGCCUACCUAUGGCUUAGUUUAUUAACAACUUGGAUUAAGAAUGCUGCAAACCUGGAAGUAGGUGUUUUGGUUUGUGAACUUUGCCUUGGAAUAAGAACAUGUUUCGCUUCCUGUUGAGUGUGUUCCAUUUGUAAACUGUGUCCCCCACUGCUAUGGGAAAGCACACUUUGGUUUAAGAACGUUUUGGUUUAAGAACAGAUUUCUGGAAUGGAUUAAGUUCGUAAACCAAAGUACCACUGUACAGUGGUACCUUGGUUUACAACCAUAAUCCAUUCCAGAGGUCCGGUUGUAAACCAAAACAGGUUGUAACCCAAGGCGUGCUUUCGCCAAUGGGGCCUCCCCCCCAAAAUUGGUUGUAAUCCAAAAAAAAGGGACACGCACUUCCGGGUUUCACAUGGUUGUAAUGCAAAGCGGCUGCAAACCAAGGUACCACUGUACUUAGAACAGGACAAAAAGCAGAAGCCAUCUAAGCUGGCUGACAUGACUGCUGGUGAUCACUAAAGUGCAUUUAUCUUAAAUUUUGCAUUCAGUUCCCUGUUUAAAAUAGAAUCUUCCAGGUUUCACAGCACAUCAGCUAUUUAAGCUUGGCCAAGGGGUAGGGGGUAGAUUUGUCCUUUAGGGGUUCAGCCCCCAGAUCAGAUAUCCUGUUUGACAGGUGAUCAGGGUUGCAUGUGUAUACCUGGUAUUGGGAACCCAAGACAGGACAGGGGUUAUAUUGGUGUAUCAUCUAUUCUGCUGCCUAAAAGUCUCCCUCCCUAAGCUCUUGGAGGUAAUCUUGGACAUAGUGUUGAGGACCUUGAGGCAGCUUGUACUGGGAAUCCUCAGUGUUUAUGCCAAAGUUGCUUCAUCUGAAGAAGCUCAGAAUGUUAUGGCCUCCAUGCCAACCAUGGCCCUUUCUGAAACUAUAACCGGGCUAACAUGGUGGCAGGAAACACACUGUUUCUAUGUUGUGGGAGCCAGUUGUGAUUCUGUCAUGGACAGAUCAUCAUCUGAUCUAUUUUGACUUAUAACCCAUAGGAGGGAAGGAUCAAAUUAGAAGGUCUGCUCCCAAACCCUAAUGGAUCCAGAUGGUUUUAUGAGGUCAUUAGGGGAUUUUCCUGCAGGUUUAGUCAACAGUCUUGUUUAGGUCCUGAUCUUUGCUUGGAAUGAGGAGAUGACAAUGGUUAUCAGCAAAAGGGAGUUCUGCAAAUUCCUAUGAUCCCUGGGACAUUAUCCCAGGGAUUAUAAGAUUGUGCCCUAGUGAUAGAUGCGGCUUGACUUUCAGACCUGCCAGUACUUUGUUUCCUCCUAAUCAAUCUAAUGCUGCUUUUUCACAAGACUCUGACAUUUUUGUGUAAUAUAUCCAUAAAUAUCAUAAUAUACUUUCGUUUAAAUUUCAGCCUGAUGAACUUCGAGAAAUUAUAGAGAAAACCCGAGAGAUGGAGCAAAAUAACGGCCAUUACUUUGACACAGCUAUUGUGAAUUCUGAUAUUGACAAAGCAUACCAAGAAUUACUUCGUUUAAUUAACAAACUUGAUACAGAACCUCAGUGGGUUCCAUCCUCCUGGCUACGGUGA